GAUGAUAGAGCGCUCGCUUAGCAUGCGAGAGGUACGGGGAUUGAUACUCGGCAUCUCCAUUCUUGGUUUUUUUUCCCCAGAUGAGUCGCCAACUCCGUUUGAGCUGUUUCACAUCUCUGAGAUUGCCAAGGACCACAAUCUCGGUCCAGAACUCUACGAUCUCUAUGGCAAAUACAAAGCCAAGGUUUGGAAUCCGGUGCAACUCUCCAUUCUCCGGUCCAGCACCGCCAUAGCAAUCCCCGCGAUUCCCUAGUGCAGAGAAAGCCCCAAAUCGGGGAGAAGAGAAAAUUGUGGAGAGAAGAGUCGGAUGGGGUUUCUUACGGGAACGAUAAUUUCUGGAAUUUUGCCAGGCUCUAUUGGAUCCCUGUGCCAGCUUGAAAUGAUUAAUUUGCGCGAGAACAGUUUCUCUGGAGAAAUACCUUGGUCUUUAAGAAAUUGUAGUGCCUUGCAAUUUGUGGACUUGCGUUAUGAUAGAUUCUCUGGAAUAAUAGCAUCUUGGAUUGGAGAAAGGUUAAGGGCACUAGCUUUCAUUCAUCUGAGAUCCAGUGAUUUUAAUGGAGACAUGCCCUUGCAGUUAUGCUGGUUGACAAAUACUAGGCUACUGGACCUCUCCAACGACAGUCUAUCUGAAAGCUUACCAAGGUGCAUACGUAAUCUGACUGCAUUAACUGAAAAAGAGAGUUCAGUCAGUAAGCAUGGUUUAUUAAUUAUUGUUGAGUAUUUCUUUCAUGCAAGAAGCUAACGCUGACAAAGCGUCUGUAAUGUGGAAAGGAAUGGAGUGUGAUUAUGGGGAUGGAAAUCUCAAGAAUCUGAGGAUCAUUGAUCUUUCAAGCAACAAAUUAACAGGAGAAAUUCCAGACUAUUUCGAGUCUCCUUGGACUGCAUCAGCUGAACUUAUCAAGAAAUCAUUUGACAGGAAGGAUUCUUUAAGAUAUUGGGCAGAUUAGACAGAAUCACUUGAUUUGUCACAAAACCAGCUUUUAGGUCAGCUUCUUGGAGCAUGUCCCCUUUAAAUUUUCUCAACACUUUGAAUCUGUCACAUAACAACUUCUGGAAGAAUCCCAUUAUCAACCCAAAUACAGACCUUUGAUGCUUCUGCAUUUGUUACCCUGAACUCUGUGGGCUUCCUCUAAGACCAACUUGCCUGGAAGAUGAAAAAUCAAAGAGCAAACCAACAGACUGUGGUGGUGAAGACAACAAAGAAGGCAGAGUUGAAUUCUGGGAAUCGUUUGAAUCAGGUAUGGAACUAGGAGCAAUCAUUGGUUUUGUGGGAGUCCAGCUGUGAAGUAAGAUCAUCCUUGGAAACAUCUGUUGUUCAACAACAUGAUAGUCUGCCUUAGCAACUUGAAGGACUGCCUUUAUUAAAUUGUAGCAACAUUUGGUUUGCUGGUGACCAAGCAUGUCUCCAGAUUGUGAAUAAAAUUGAAGUUUUGAGAGCUAUCAUUCUCCCCCUACAGCUUGGAGAAGUAGGUUCAAUGAGUUUCAUCACUCCAAGGACUCAUCUUGCAAAGUGAAAUUCCAGUAUUUAUUUUCAGCUACCCCAGGAUCCCUCAUCAGCAAUUCCAACCUGUCCUAUUAAUUUUAUUUUGUUAUUUUUUUCAUUUUUGAAUUUAAAGAUCUGUUUAGAUGGUUUGUUUCUCCCAUUUGUUUUUUGUAUCAUCUAAUUUGUAAUAACUUCUUUGAAGUUGAGAUACUCUGUUGGCUUUAGUUCAACUAAAGUUUGAUGUCCUUA